UCUUCUGCCAUCCAUCACCCCAAAUAAAUGAUUAAUAUGCAGCCGCUGAUUUCAUCCCCAUGCCCUUCCUCACUGCUUGAUUUCUCUCGAAGCUGAACUGCAAUGGUUCCAUCCCUCCUCUUCGCCCUUCUUCUACUCGACGCUGCCGCCCCCUCCGCCUCCAUCGCCGUGGAAUCAACACGCUGCGACCGGACUUGCGGAUCCACCACCGUUUUAUACCCCUUCGGCUUCUCCGCCGGAUGCCAGAUUCUCCUCAACUGCUCUGCCUCCGGCGAGGUCCGCCUCGGCACGUACCUCGUCCGGAACGUCGCCGCCAGCUCCUUAAUUCUCGACGUGUCGGCCUCCUGCAACCGCUCCAUCGCCGACGCGGCCGUGCUCUUUAGCGACACGUUGUCCAUGGCGGCGAGCAACGCGCUGUUCCUCCGCAACUGCACUGGAAGCGAGGGGCAGGAGUGCAGCAUCGACACAGAAAUCAUCUCGAAGCGCCUCAACCAGACGAGCUGCGGCCGUACAGGCGACGACAUCCGGUGCUACUCCAGCGGCCGGACGGAGGGGUUCUACUCCAAGAAGAAUUUCACGGAGAUGGCGAAUCGGUGCAAAUUCCUGUUCACGUCGUUGAGGUACGGCAGGGACGCCUUCAACCAGUCGACGCUCGAGUUCGAGUCGGCCGAGGUAGAAUGGUGGCUCCCAGGAGAUUGACGGUGCGCGGGCAACGCCACCUGCUCCCGCAUAGAUUUGCCAUCUGGGAAUGGAACCGCCGGGUACCGAUGCAACUGCAAGGAAGGGUUCACCGGCGACGGCUUCGCCGACGGCGGCGGUUGCGCCGGAGGUGAGUCCCGGCCAAGUGAACUUCAUCAGACCAAAGAGCAUAUGAACGUUGGGGAAUUGACAGAAGGCAUCGGAGUAGGCAUCGUAGCUGGAUCUUGUUUAGCUGUCGCCGUGGUGGUGCUUAUGUGAAAUUAAUUAGAAAAUAAUAGAGGUAGAGAUAUAGAUAAAAAAAUAUAUAUAUAUAAAUAGAUAAAUUAUUCUUCUAUCUAAUUUACCAAAAAAACCAUGCAACAUUAUUUAUAUACAUAUUUGUUACGUUGGGAUGUUGGGUGCGUCCUACUCAAGAUCAGCAACCGUGAGAGAGCACCGAUCUAAUCUGACAAAACUCCAACUCCUCUAUACUUAAGUCAUCCUUUGUGAUCCCAGAUAUUCCUCCAUGGUCCAUCCUUAGGGGAAUGAAAUCCCAGGGGAUUCCUACUUUGUACAAACUCGGUUAUAUCCGUUGGGACUUAAGUCACCCUUUGGAUUAUAGAUGAGAAAAUGUAUAUUAUAGGAAAGCAUCAUAAAAGAGAGAAAUAACUCCCUGCUCAAGGCUAUCAUGCCUGAUCUAUCGCUUCUGCCACAACCACCAUAAAUAUCUAAAUUUUGGAUUUCAUUCUAAAAUUUUAAUUUCAUUUCUAUCAACUAAACAUAAGAUUUAGGAAUAAAUUCAUUCUCUUAUUCCCAAACUCCUAAACCAAAUGCCACCUUAAAUACAUCAAUCACCAAUGCCGCUUUUUAAAAAAAUACCUUCGUGCCUUUGUGUUAAUUUUUAAAAACCAGCAAUGAUGCAUAGAGAAAGAACACCAAGGUGUUAAUUUUUAAAUACCAGUACUUGUUUUUUUUUUUAAAAAAAAAAUAUCUUUGUGCUAAUUUUUUAAAAAUCAACAAUGAUAUAUAGAGAGAGCAUCAAGGUGGUGUUAAUUUUUAAAGACCAACACCUUGGUGGUGAUGAUCUUAAAAAUCCACGUUGGUGGUGCUAGUCUUAAAAAUCGACACCACCUUAUUGCUAUUUUUUAGAAACAACAUCAAGGUUAUACUAUUUUUUAAAAAUAAUAUCAGGGUGGUGCUUAUUUUUAAAAAACAACACCACAACAAUAGUUGGUGUAUUUAAAUUGUGUUGCUGAUUUUUAAAAGCCAACAUCACAAUGAUUGCUGCAUGCAAUUAAAGGAGAGAGAAUAGAGAAUUUUAUUUUUUUACAUACAUAUAAGAGAGGAAAGAGAUGAAAUUUUGUUAAAUAAAAAUGGGAAGCGGAUAAGAGGACAAGAUGAUAAGUGGAAUACAAUAAUUUUCAAUACUUGAUUCAAACACGUCGUCAAUUUUUAAACUACUUACACAACUCAUGAAAAAUAACUAACUCCAUAAUUCUAGCCCACUACCUCAACUAUUCUACCCCACUAACACAACUAAUGAAGAUACAUUGAACAUAGACAUUUUUCUUUAACCACUAUGUAACACUAUUACUACUAAUUGUCAUCUCAUCACCCCCACUAACUCAAAUAUUAAUUUUGAGUCAUUUUAUUAACACUCCUAAAUUUAUCUCUUGGAAGUGACUUCGUUAAGAUAUUUGUCACUUGUUCAUAUGUGUUGUAACACUCCAAUAUAAUUUCAUUAUUUGCAACUAGUCUCAUAUGGAAAGCUAGAUUUUUUGUCAUUGCAAUUGUUGGCUUGUUAUCAUAAAAAAUAGUUGUUGCAUUUUUUUUAUUGUUGGUGAAGAUCUGUAAGUAAUCUUCUAACCCAAACUACUUAACAUGUUGCUAAAGUUGCUGUUAUAUAUUCUGCUUCUGAAGAGGAUAAGGUUCUAGUAGAUUGCUUCUUUCAACUCCAUGAUAUUGCUCAUGAUCCAAGAUCAAAAAUACAAGCUGAGGAUCUCCCUCGGCCAUCAUCGGCCAACUUGGGAAUUUGUCACUCAUGUAUGAAACCAUCUUUAAGUCUCGUAGGUUAUGUUGGAAGCCUUGGGUCAGUAGCAUUGUGGGCUCCAAAGUUCCUUCAGCAACCAUAUCAUUCCACCAUUCCCAAUGCAACAUCAACUCAUUUAGACAUUGAUUCUCCAGUAAAUUUGUAGGUGGAGUAAUAUUCUUUUCUUCUGCUAUAGUUCGAAUCUUUCAAGGUGUUGUAUAUGCAGGUACUCGAAAUUUGUAAGAGCUUGCAACUCUGGCAACAUGACAUUCCCAAGACCAUCGAUAGCAUCGUAUCACCACAACACUUCCAUAUUUGUCAAUUGCCUAAUAACAAUAGGCAUUCUAGUCAAUGAUGCACAUCCAUGCAUCUUAAGCUGCAUCAAGUUCUUCAUGUCGCUCAAGUCAUCAGGUAACUUCGAAAGAUAACAACAAUCACCAACAUCUAAUUCUUUCAAAUUCACAAGGCAAGUGAUCGACUCCGACAGCUUUUGAAUCCUUAGGCAGCAUGCGAGUUUCAAAAUCUGUAAAUUUCUGAGCUUGUGGAUUUGUCUUGGAAGCUCCUUAAGUUUUUUGCAACUAGAAAAAUUUAGAACACAAAUUAUGGAGGUUGCAGAGGGAUUCUGGUAGUGUUUCUAUCUUAUUCUCCGCAAGGUUGAGGCACCUCAAGCAAUGCAAUGUGUCAAUCGAACUAGGGACUUCUUGAAUCAUGAUACCUCUCAUAUGUAACGUACAUAAAUGUUUGAGAUUUACAGAUAUAUAUACUUUCAAGUA